GUUUGACACGUGUACGAGUGAAAUAUGAUGUCAGAUAAUGAAUAUUAGGGUUAAAUUAACAGAACGCGACAAAGCCACCGCUGCCAAAGAUAAUUGAUUGAGAAAUACUGAUACGUGUUGUCUUUAACGAAAGUGACACUUCAAAAGAAGAUUUGAACUUCGCUCGUGAAAACCUCGUCACGUCUGUCAUCUCCAUUCUCGGACCAGCCUGUACAGGAUAUUUACUGAAGAAUUCUGAAGAAAUGAAGAUAAUUGCAGCUUUGUGUUUGGUUACCUUUGUGUAUUGUGACAGCAAUUCCGAAAAAGUAACACGAAAUGUUCAUUUGACCAAGAAAAGAAUAAGUACUAGGAUUAUCAAUGGAAAGGAUGCGGAUAUAAGAGAUUUCCCAUGGCAGGCAUCACUUCGGACUGUCGAACCCCUUCGUCACAUUUGUGGCGCUGCUGUCGUGUCGGCUAGAGUAGCCGUUACUGCCGCGCAUUGUUUCUCUCAUUCCAAAGACCCGAAGAGUUAUUCACUCGAAGUUGGAUCAAGCAGACUUUCUGGAGAUACGGGAACUGUCGUUCAAGUAACUAAAAUUACCAAACAUCCAAACUUCAGGAAGGUCUAUUACACAAACCGAAACGACAUAGCAAUCCUUCAGUUCGACCAGGAUAUAGCAGGGACGUCUGAUAAAUUAGCCACAGCAGUUGCCAUUCCAACGGAUGACGAAGACUUCAGUGGUUCAGCAUGUAAUAUUACCGGAUGGGGCCGGGUCAACGCCCAAGACGAAUUAUCGUCCGACCACCUGCAGAGGGCUUUGACUGUUGUAAUUACUAAGGAUGAAUGCAAGAACAUAUCUAAAUAUGAUUGGAUCUUGGACAGCGAAGUGUGUGUGUAUACCGGAUCUGACGGUGCUUGUUAUGGCGACAGCGGUGGACCUCUGACCUGUGGCAAUGUACUUGUUGGCUUGACGUCAUUUGGAAAGAAAAACUGUGUAAUCCAAUUCCCAACUGUUUAUACUCGAAUAAGUAAGUUCCGGGACUGGAUACAAAAGUUUAUUGAAAAGACAUCGAUACAUGCUCCGAUUUUGUCAUUGUCUGUUUUUUGAAGUAAAC